AUGUCUUUCCCAGCUAGGUCUAUCCAGCCGCACAUCCGGCAACCCUCGAUGGCGGGCUCGGCGUCGUCUGCAGGGCAGUCUCCUGCGUUGGUGGCACGGGUCAACGAGAAGAAGGCCGAGCUCGAGAAUCUCCGAGAAUUACGCGACCUGAGUGCUGCAGUCGCGUCGCAGAUGGAGGCGUUGGAGCAGAAGCUGGGCACAUUGUCUGACGGCACCGAAGCGAUCGCUCUUGUCAUGAGCAACUGGCACAACGUCCUCCGUGCGAUCAACAUGGCCUCUUCCAAACUGCCGAAGCCGCAGACUGAUGCAGAAGCAGCGGCAGCUCUGCCACAAACUCUAGUUCGCAUUCCAACAGAGCACGCGCCCGCACUGCAGGCCCAGGCCGAGGCCGCCGAGGAAGCAAACGAGUGA